CGUAAAAGAGAAAGGAAGUAUUUAGUUCACUCCGUUUUCAUUGGAAGAGAAAGUCGAAGAUAAUUUAGCGAAGAUUUUAUCCUCAAGUCAGUGCCUUUUUUUUAACGCAAACAGAAAAAUCACAACUCUUUGACAAUGUCCUUUAACAAAGGUCCCGCCUACGGAUUAUCAGCGGAGGUGAAAAACAAGAUCGCACAGAAGUAUGACACUCAGAAGGAAGAGGAGCUGAGGGUCUGGAUCGAAGACACCACUGGCGCUUCCAUCGGGCCCGACUUCCAGAAAGGCCUGAAGAAUGGAGUUAUUCUGUGCGAACUUAUCAACAAGCUUGCUCCAGGCUCUGUGAAAAAGAUCAACAAGUCGGCGCUGAACUGGCACCAGCUGGAGAACCUGACAAACUUCAUCAAGGCCACCACGGUGUACGGCCUGAAACCUCAUGAUCUCUUCGAAGCCAACGAUCUGUUUGAGAACGGCAACAUGACGCAGGUCCAGACGACGCUGCUCGCUCUCGCUAAUUUGGCGAAGACCAAGGGCUGCCAGUCUCGAGUGGACAUUGGCGUGAAGUACGCUGACAAGCAGGAGAGGAUGUUUGAUGAGGAGAAGAUGAAGGCUGGACAGUGCGUCAUCGGCCUACAAAUGGGGACCAACAAGUGUGCCAGUCAGGCAGGUAUGAAUGCAUAUGGCACCAGGAGGCACUUAUAUGACCCCAAAGGUCAAAUCCUGCCCCCCAUGGACAACACAACCAUCAGCCUGCAAAUGGGAACCAACAAGGGGGCGAGCCAGGCUGGCAUGACGGCUCCAGGGACAAGGCGUGCCAUUUACGACCAGAAGCUGGGCACAGACAAGUGUGACAACAGCACCAUGUCCCUGCAGAUGGGCUUCAGCCAGGGAGCCAACCAGAGUGGCCAGAACUUUGGCCUGGGACGGCAGAUCUAUGAUGCCAAGUACUGCCCUAAAGCUGGAGAGGUUUCAGACGAUCAGAACGGGGCAGCCGUCGGCCGCGAAUACCUCCCAGAUUACCAAGAUGAGGGUUACCAGGGUUACCAGGAAGAGGAGCAGGUGUACCAAGAGGACGGGACAGAUUACUAGAAAUGAGGGAGCUGAGGGAAGGGAAAGGGAGGUUGCAUAAAGGAGGGAUCCUCUGCAAGAAAACCUCAAGGCAGGUUUAUUUUUAUACCCACAGGAUGUUGAACCAUUUUUUUUUUUUUUUUUUUUUUUUUAAGUAUUGUAUGAAAUUGUUCUCUUACCCCUAUUUGUGCAAAAACAUCGUUACACAUAUCAUGAACUGUAUUUCUGUGAUUUUUGUUAUUUCUUUAUUUUUUUUAUAUUUAAAGUGACCACAAAAGUCAGUCUUUUUGGCUUGGCUAGUUUUCUAUCCCAGGGAUGUUUUUUUAAUGUGCCAAAGUCCCUUUCCCCUUUUUUUUUUUGUUUGUUU